AUGGAUUGCUGGAAGGGAGCUGCAAGCCAUAGCUGGAUUUAUCCCACGGUGAUCAUCUGUGCAAAUGGAUUUUUCACCACAAUGAGGCCAUCAGAAUCUUUUCUCACUCCCUAUCUAACGGGACCAGACAAAAACCUAACAAUUGAAGAGGUUACCAAUGAGAUUCUGCCAGUUUGGACAUACUCCUACCUCGCUCUCCUUUUCCCAGUGUUCCUGCUCACAGACUACGUGCGCUACAAGCCCGUGCUCCUCCUGCAGGGCAUCAGCCUCAUCCUCACGUGGCUCCUGCUGCUCUUCGCACAUGGAGUGGUGGCCAUGCAGCUGGUGGAAUUCUUCUAUGGCAUGGUCACGGCCACCGAGGUGGCCUAUUACGCCUACAUCUACAGCGUGGUCAGCACCCAACACUACCAGAGGGUCACCAGCUACUGCAGGAGCGUCACUCUGGUGGCAGCCACCGUGGCCGCCGUGCUGGGACAGCUGCUGGUGUCCUUAGCGCACGUCUCCUACUUCUACCUCAACGCCAUCACCUUGGCUUCCGUGUCCCUGGCGCUCCUGUGUGCCUUCUUCCUGCCCAUGCCCCAGAGGAGCAUGUUCUUCCACAGGAAAGAUGCCCCUGAGCCUCUGCCAGGGCCCGAUAAAGGGCCGGCUGCGGGCGCUGCCCACGGGCCCUGGAGCUGCCGAGAGGAAAGGAGCCCCGAUGCUGCUGCCGGGGGCCCGAGCCCCCAGCCCCAGGCUGGGAACAGCAGGCCCCACAGGCACACGCUCAGCGUGCUGCUGCAGCUGGGCAGGGACCUGAGGGAUUGCUACGGCUCCCGCCCGCUCCUCUACUGGUCCUUGUGGUGGGCUCUGGCCACGGCCGGCUUUAACCAGGUCGUGAAUUAUGUCCAGGUGCUGUGGGACUUCCGAGCCCCCUCCCACAGCUCCCCAGCGUACAACGGAGCUGUCGAAGCAAUAGCAACUUUUUUGGGUUCGGCAACAUCCAUGGCAGUUGGAUAUGUCAAAGUAAACUGGGAUCUCUCUGGAGAACUGGCUUUGGGAGUUUUCUCUGCACUGGAUGCUGGUUCUCUGCUUCUUAUGCACUUCACUGACAACAUCUGGGCAUGUUAUGCUGGUUACCUUGCAUUUAAAGCUUGCUAUAUGCUCCUUAUAACAAUAGCAACGUUUCAAAUUGCUGUCAACCUCAGCAUGGAGCGUUAUGCUUUGAUGUUUGGCUUCAACAACUUUGUUGCACUGGUGAUUCAGACGAUUUUAACUGUUGUUGUAGUAGAUUCAAGAGGUCUGGGACUGGAUAUCAGCACUCAGUUUCUCAUUUAUGGCAGCUACUUCACAGUCAUAGCUGGAAUUUUCCUGAUCAGAAGUAUGUACACCAUAAUUUCUAUCAAAUGCAGAAAUACAAGUGUGGCUGCUGAAAGCACUGCCCUUUAACAACUGAGACAAAAGCAACGAUGUUAUAAGCAACAAUGCACAAGGCUUCAUCAUCUGGACAACAAAUCAGGAGAAAGAAAACUUUCAAUCAAGCAAAACUGGUCCAGGUUGAAGCAGGCUGUUUAUGAGCCUACUGCACAGAGAGCUUUGUCAACAGGAUGAUGCAUUUGGUCUAUCUUCUUCACCAGCAGUUUAAUACAAACAUUCCUCAGUCUUCUAAUUCAAGUUUAGUCAUAUGACACAAAAACUUCUAUUAAGGCUUAAUGAGCACAAGGACAUCCAGAUGCCUGAACCUCGUAUCAG